UCAAAUCAGCGUGUGGGACAUAAAAGAAACAACUCUGGACAUCAAACAAAAGGAUGUCUCUGCUGUAAUGGAAUCGCUUCAGUGUGUCUGGGACUAGUGUGUACUCUUCUGCUGGCCUGUACCAUAACACAGCAUGUCAUGUAUACUAUUACAGGAAAAGGACAGCUAGAAAGCAUUCAAAACCUGACUUUACAAAGAGACGAUUUACUGAAAGCUCUCUCGGAAGUGAAUAAAGAUAUACAUAUGGGCUGGUGGUAUUACAACUUCAGUGUUUACUACAUAUCUACAUGUAAUGAGAAGAUGCAAUGGAGUCAGAGCAGACAAUAUUGCAAAGCGAGAAAUGCAGAUCUGGUGAUCAUAAACAGCUUUGAGGAACAGGUUCUGGAGUCCAGACCAACCCAUGAAUCUGGAAAAUAAAUUCUGUGUUAAAAUCACAACAAACCGUCCCUCCAUUAAAACAUGGCAAGCCAACUCAUGCUAUUCCGAAUUGAAUUUCAUUUGUGAAAAGAACAUUUUCAAACGAAUGUGACUUUUACAUUCUUUUGUCAGCUGCCACUUACUGUGGGGAAUAUUCGGGGUAUUUAACUAUCCAAAGUGAUUUUAAAUCUUGCCGUUUAGUGGCUAGAUAUUUCUGGCUCAUUGUCCAUGACAACCAGACCCCCAAAAGCAUAUCACAGCAUG